AUGCCUCCUCCAAAAGGAACGCCGAACAUUUUCGAGGGUCCGGGAGACUACACCACCACACGACAAGUGCACAAUGACACCUACCCAGCCAUCGAUCCCAUCAAGGCCGAACUGUCCGGCAAAGCCGUCUUCAUCAGCGGCGCCUCCCGAGGCCUGGGCAAGGCCACGGCAAUCUCCUUUGCCAGAGCCGGCGCUUCUUUCAUCGCCAUCAGUGCGCGCUCCGAUCUGUGUGCCGUCGAGGCUGAGCUGAAAGCAGCGUCUGCGGGAUGCGGAAGGAAAGAGCCGCAAACGUUGCGUCUCAGGUGCGACGUAGCUGAUGCAGAUAGUGUGGAGGACGCUGCAGCACGCAUCGAGAGGGAGUUUGGCCGCCUGGACGUCGUUGUCAACAACGCUGCGACCAUCGGAACGAUGCAACCCAUUACCGAGAGCGAUCCCGACGAGUGGUGGCAGACGAUGAGUGUCAAUGUCCGCGGUCCCUACCUUGUCAUGAGAGCGUGCAUCCCGCUGCUCCUCAAAGGCCAGCUCAAAAUGCUCAUCAACAUCGCCAGCGUCGGGGCGCACCUCAUCGGUCCCGGCCUGAGCCACUAUCAAAUAUCCAAAUUAGCCCUCGUCCGCCUGACCGAGUUCGCUGCCAAAGAAAACGCCGCGGUCGGACUCGUCGCCUUCUCGGUUCAUCCCGGCAACGUGCUGACUGACAUGGUGGGAGAGGGGUUCAAGUCGGAAUUCGGGUCCCUCUUCACCGAGUCGACGCAGUUGUGUGGGGAUGGAUUGGUGUAUCUGAGUCGGGAGAAGCGAGAAUGGUUGAGUGGGAGGUAUGUCAAUAUUACAUGGGAUUUGCCGGAGCUCACAUCGGAGGAGAUGAAGAGGAAGAUUGUGGAGGGGGAUAUGUUGAAGGUGCGGUUGGUCACUCCGAGUUUUGAAUGA